UGUGUGUGAGUGUGUGUGUGAGUGAGUGAGUGUGUGUGCCUCCAAUCGUCCCUUACAGGAUUUUUUAACCUUCCAGCUUUUUAUUGCAGCCGAAUAGAAAAAGAAAUCUUAAACUGCAAUGAUUAUAUUUUUUAUAUGUGUGUGAAACAUGAUUUAAAAUAAGGAUGAAAGGUGUAAGAAAAAGUUUAUUGAGUCGCUAUGAAGCAUGACCUCUGGUCCAAUAGACUUGUUUGUGUUUGGAUGCUCAUCCUCCAUCUUUUGUAUCCGGAUCAUUCAAACGUCGAACUGAAAGUCUAAUCAUACCUAGUGACCUGUUUUUCUUUAUUAAACUCAUUUAUCCUCUCAUCAUUUAGGACAAAGUGGAAGCUACUUUAAAAAAAAAAAAUUCUACAUGUCAUAUAAUAAAAGCACUAUGUUAUGACACAGGAUUAUGCUGUAUGUAUUAUUCGAUGUAAAAAAAUAUCAGAUAGCGGGCAUCGUGUCACGUCGUAUCGAUCGCAUCGUAUCAUAUCGGCUACAUCGUAAAACGUGAGUUUUUUUGAGCUGUUUGUCUUACACGGUGUUUUAUUAACCCCGAGCUGUUCUCAGACCGAUCGAGAACUACAUCGUGGAAGAAUCUCAGUACGAGUCAGUAAUACCGUUUUUAUCAAGAAGUGUAAUAUUUCCAACAAAUUAAGAUCAUCGUGAGAUCGUCGUCGUCACGUACGUCUCAAACUUCUAACUCUGACAGGCGUGGCAGGAAGAAGGUAAAUAAAGGAGAUUCUUCUUGCUUCAUCCACAGCAGGAAGAAUAUUGCUCUCGAGGUUUCUAGCUAAUCCGUGCAGCUACUCGAGAGAGACUUUGUUCAGACUUCAGGGUGUGGCGCAUCUUCUGCACGUUUGGCUGUCGUGCAGAUCAGUCGAUCGUGACAUCGUGUUUUUGAAGUUAAUGCGUCAAAAAGUGAAAUGAAAUUAAAGUUGAAUUAGGACAUGUGGGUGUGUACGUGUUAGAGAGAGUGUGUGUGUGUGUGUGUGAGCCAGCAUGAGGCACUACCAUAUUAAACCGACUUGUCAUAUUAGACAGAUUUCUAAGAUUUAGGCUUGCUUCCUGUUCAUUGCUAACGUUUCAGCUGUGUCGUGUGUGCGUGUGAGAUGCGUGCUGGGGAUUUACCCAAACUAUGUGAAAUGAAAUCAUCCUGUUUGUAAGUGCAAUGCAUUUGGGAUUUCCAAAACCUCCCAUAACGCAUGUAUGUGAACGCGUGCAGGAGAUUUUCUUUCAGAGAUCAUUGAAAUAGGAAGAGUAGAGUGCAGUCAGACUGACCUGACGUGACCCGUGUGAUGCACUCACUCACUCACACUCUCUCUCUCUCUCUCUCUCUCUCUCUCUCACUCACACACACACACACACACACAGUGCUGCCGAGUUCCUUCCCUUUCUGAGUGUGAUGGCUGGCUACAUUUGCUUUAUGAAUUUUACAGUGUGACUACAACGAGGCAGAAAAUACAUGCAUGAUGUUUUCCUACAGGUUUAAAAGAGGUGAUGGAAAGGGGGAGGACCAGGAGGGUUCUAAAGAAGCAACUCAAAAACAGAAGAAAAGCAAAAAAGAGCAGGACCAGGAUGUGGAGAGAGUUGAGCCUGCCGUCGCGGAGGGGGGUGACGGACAGCGAGUGGAGGCGGGCCAAUCCGAGCCUUCGGCCCCUGAAUCUGCUGCAGCCCUCGGCGCUCCCGAAGCUUCUUCCUCGGCCAAGCAGCGGCGAUCCAUCAUCCGAGAUCGCGGGCCUUUGUACGACGACCCCUCACUGCCUCAGGGCUGGACGCGCAAACUCAAACAGCGCAAGUCGGGACGAUCGGCCGGCAAAUUCGACGUCUACCUGAUCAACCCAGAAGGGAAAGCCUUCCGUUCCAAAGUGGAGCUCAUGGCAUACUUCCAAAAGGUGGGCGACACCACCACAGACCCAAAUGACUUUGACUUUACGGUCACGGGCCGUGGGAGCCCAUCGCGCAGGGAGAAAAGACCGCCGAAGAAACCCAAAGUGGCCAAGCCGACCGGUCGAGGGAGGGGCCGGCCGAAGGGCAGUGGUAAAGUACGGCAGGCCACAGAGGGUGUAGCGGUGAAACGUGUGGUAGAAAAGAGUCCGGGCAAACUUCUUGUCAAGAUGCCAUUCGUGGCUCCGAAAGUGGAGGCGGGAUCACCCUCAGGGCAAGUCCCCAUUGUCAAACAGCGCCCAGGACGCAAGAGGAAAGCGGAGAAAGAGCAGCCAAGCAUGCCAAAGAAACGCGGCAGGAAGCCAGCCGCUGCUUCUCAGUCUGUGGCAGGAGGGACGGGCUCAAGUGCAGCUUAUGCUGCUGCAGCUAUCGCGUCAUCGGAGGCCAAGAAGAAAGCGCAAAAGGAAAUGGCAGCCAAGCCUGUGCAAGAAAAGGCGCUUCCCAUCAAGAAGCGCAAGACACGGGAGACUAUGGAGGAGGCAGAAGGGUCCACAACGACCACACCUGAGGCACCGAGCAGCAUAGCAAAACGACCUGCAAGUCAAACGGCACCCUCUUCUGGAACGGAGUCAGAAACAGGACAGAAGAUUCACAAGCACUCAAGCCGUAAGCAUAAGGAAGCAGUGGAUUCAGGAAACGGCAGCAGCAGUGGACCAAAGGUCCACAAAAAGAGAGAUCAGCGUGAGCAACAACUGAAACACCUCCACCAUCACCAUCAUCACCACCAUCACCCACACCACCUGCCCCUGAUGGAGCCGUCCAUCUUCACCCCGCAGGCUCACCAGCUUUCCCUCGGCCACUCCAUGCACGGAGGACCCCCGGUGGAGAAUGAGCCCCAGGACUUGAGCACUUCCAGGUCGAGACAGGAGCCGUUAGCCUGCAGGGAGGAAGCCCGGACCGACAGCCACGUGGUUAGAGACACUUCAGGCAAGAUGGCAGCAACAGAGUUGCGAACCCAACAGCAGCAGCAGCAGCAGCAGCAGCAGCAGCAGCAUGGCACUGUGACGGGGGAUGGAAAGGAACUGAGAGACAUUGUUCCUCCUUCUGCCGUUCCCAGGCCGAGUCGAGAAGAAACAGUCGAGUCCAGGACGCCUGUGAGCGAACGCGUGAGCUGAAGGAUGUGACUGACAUUCAGACUAACUGACCAAUCAGCAGCAAUGGCUGUGUUCUCACGCAGGAAUAGAGGCACUCACAGGGGGAGGAGUUUUUUUUGUUUGUCUGUCUGUCUUUUUCUGUUAUUUUUAAAACAACAAUAAUGGAAAAAAUCUGUAAAUGUACUUACAAAAGGCAGCUGUCGUGUCGAGUGUCGUGAGUUUGGAUGCAGAGCGAUGAUGCAAUCGCUGACGUACCGCUUCUGAACGAAUUCUCAGUUUCCUUUUCGUUUGCCCAGUUUCAUUUUAUCGUUCUAUUAAUAUAGAAAUCAUAGGAACCAUGUGUUAUUGCUUCAUUAGAGCUUCUAGGAAUAUAGCAAGACACUGAGACAGUAACGGAUGCACAAGUAACACUUCACCAGGAAGCUGAUUUACAACUGAUCCUUUCCCUGCCGACUGCAGACGCCUCACAGACGUGUUAGAAUCAAGGGGUUGAUUUUGACAUCACAACCCUCCUUUUCUUCAUAUCGUAGAUGUUACUGUUAGAACAAGGCGGUCUCGUUAUCUGCAUGAAGAGUGUAAGUUCUUUAUAAAAGAAAGGCCACGCUUCAUGGGGGAAAAAACUCAAUCGCAGCACUUGUACCUAGUCGAUCAUGUUUUAAAUAAGAAAGGCUAAUCAAACCCUUAGAAACAGUUUAUGGGGAUUAUUAUUAUUUUUUUAAAUCGAUCAUGCUUUGCGAUGGCUGAUUAAGUUCAGAACACGAACGUCUUUCUGUCAUCCCUGCAUUUUAAUCAGCAAGACGUAGAGAGGAAUGUUUGAGGGCAGAAUAACGUGAUUAACCUUGCCAUCUGUUUCAGCGGUUUCUGCCGGCUAGCAGCGGACUGAUUAUACGGUAAUACAGUAGGAACGGUUUUCACACUUCUACCGCUUCUUCUUUCGGGUUGGAGGGGUGGGGGUGGUGGGGCUAAGCACAAACGGAUUCAUGAAUGAACGCCGAAAGCACAGUUUAAAUAAGUGUGUGAAAGGAGAACAAAAAAAAAAAGGAAUGAAAUUCCAAAGUGGCGCUUUCUAACAUUUUCUUCCUCUUCUUUAUUCCCCCCCUUUAAUUUAUAUUUCUAGCUUUUUUUCUAUAAACAAAGUGAAAUUGAAAACAGCAGCCUUGUGUUUCCUCAACACAUCAGAGCCGACAGUGUAGCCGUUUGUGUUUUUUUUGUUUUUGUUUUUUUGUUUUCGUAAUUGUCAUAGUGAAGGAGCACAAAGAGGGAAGUGGAUGCGAACAGAAGAGGCGCGACGUACGUGCUAUAUUUACUAGACUUCCUCUCGUAAGACAGCUGCAACGGUUCACACGGGACGUUUUUUUCCACACAGACUCGAUCCGGAUCUUGACAGUAAAAGUAAACACUCUUUCUGGAGUUCGGUUGAGGGAAAACAACGACAGAUUCAAAGUUAAUUCCGUUUUAUGUUUUAAUUUACGUUGUAACGCGCCGUUACGCCGAUGAAACGUCUGGAAUUUACAGGGUCGCCGUCCUUUUUAUAGAGCUGUGAAAACGAAUCAGAACGUAUGAGAUAUUCACAAAAUUUGCAGAUUUCUUUCCCCAAUCUUUAGUUCAGAUCGCUUUCCAUCAGCUAUGUUUUGAUAUAUUGCAUGUGGAAGAUGGUCGAGAUAACCGGGCCUCCCCUACCCUUUUUUUUUUUUUUUAAGUCACAUGAAGUCACACAUUUCUGUUUCACGUCCCUUUUUUUAAUCUCCAUUUAGACUGUAGCGCAGUUUGCAGACUCACAGGGGAUGUGACGUGUAUCCUUCCUCAUUUCAUUCCUUUUGAGUGUUUUUCUUCUCGCCUGUCCUGUAAAACCGCGCGGUACUGACGCAAAGACGUAGGCACUCCGUGUACAGAGGCGUAUCGGGAGAAGACGCCUGACUGUAGGCUAAUCUCAUCCGUUUUAUUUAAACGCAUAAUAAUGGCCAAUGAUGUACAAGUGGAGGCUAUUAUGAGGAGUUGUGAACUCCUCUCAUAUCGUAUGAAGCAUUGCUUUUAUGGCAGUGGAAAUGUUUUAAUUGGUAAUAUGUUUAUAGACAUAUUCCCUGCAGGAAGCCUUCAGGAUGAGAAGGAUUGCUAGUCGUUAAAGUGUUUGUUUCAGGGAAGAGCACUCUACAGUUUCUAUGUCCUUGACUGAUACUUUCCCUGCCUUAAAAAGUCAGAACAGAGAGCGCUCCACGUGUUCCUCGUUUCUCGUUUAACUCCGAAUCCGCAGAUCCUUUUUUUUUUUUUAGUGUUUAAAAACGAGAGCUACUCACAAGUCAGGUUUAUGAAGUGUGCUUUAGGAUAGUGAGUAUUUCCUGAUGUGUUAUUUUAAAGAUUGUAGGUUAAAGAACUUUUUCUUUCUCUAGCUGACUGUGUAGAUCGGUUUAAGUGGGGAAAAUGAAUUAUUUAAAAUAAAUAAGUAAAUAAAGUUUUCGUUAGUGUCUACCGCUCGUUUUUGUCCCUUUCGUCAGAGGUCAGCGUACGGAAGUCGGACGUGGCGCUCGACAGUCCUCGUCCUUUAGCCUCCUCUCCACCUCGACCCUCGCCAGCGGGGAAGGGGACAUGGAGAAACUAGAGCACUCGUGCUCUAGGGAUAAAGGGCUAUGAAAUAAUCUCAUAAAAAAGAAAGCAAGUUUCGAAAGCAUUCACAGGUGCGUUCGUUACGGUUAGCCGCUUGAGGUCCGAUCAUUGAUGUCUCGAGCAUCUUCAGAUCCCACUAGCUCUCUCUGUUCCAGCAGAUCACACACACACACACACACACACACACACACAGAUACAGGAUGUACAAUGCAUGUGACCUGCAGGAUCAGAGACCUAAACUUAACCAGCGGACAACGACGCCUACUCCUGACCUACAUGCGAUAGGCGGCAUCGUCGUCGACGUUGUCCCUGGUCUGACUUCUCAGAGCGGGGAGGCUUGAGGACUACGGUGUUGAGUAAGCAAAAGUACAGAAUCAUUUAAACAGCAGUGCUUGUGGCUCUACGUUAAAGUAAUGUGUAAAUAUCAACAGCGGCGGCUCGCACCAGAUAGGGCCGUGCCUUCGUUUCCGGAUCCUGACCAAGGGGGCUUUUUUAUUUUUAUCCCAUCUGAGCAAAACAAGAGGUUAAAUCAAUAUGGGCUGUUUUUUUAAAUUUAUUUAUUAUUAUUAUUUUUUUUUUUUAUUUAAAAAAAAAAAGCAGGAUCUCCAUUAAUCUUUGCUGUACCACUUAUUUUCCAUUAUCUGGUCAUGUGGUGUCUGUAGAGAAGAAUCUUUCACUUACACGCUGAUUUCUACUGUUUGUAGAAUGCCCACUGUAAAAAAAAAAAAAUUAAAAAAAUAAAAAUUAAAAAAAAAGUAAAACAAAAAACAAUAGGAAACCAUGAAGAAAUGACCUUUAUUAUAUCUGUUUUGUGCCUCUGGCAGACGAAUAUGCUAUGGAAUGUCCUCGUGUCCCUGUAGCCAAAAUCUACACGCUAUGUACGUGAACAUGUAUCAAUAUGCAUGAUUGCCAUUAGAGGUUAGUACAUUGCUUGCCCUUUACUAUUCUACGUAACAAAUUUUUUUUGUUUGUUUUUUGUUUCGUUUUUUUUUUUUCCUUCUUUUCUGGAUCACUCCUCUCCGAGAGCCGGCCAAAAAGUCUUCGAGCGCAGGAUUCUCACUCAAAACACCUGAACAUGGCUGUAUACAGCGAAACGACAAGGUCCCUCGUACGUAUGUUCGUGAACUUCGGUUAAUAUAAAAAAAUUUAAAAAAAGGAAAAAAAAACGAAGAAAUAAAAACCAAACAAAAAAAAUAAAACAACUUCAGUUGAGUUGGACAAGAAUAGUUUUUACGUUCUUCACUUUUUUUUUCUUUCUGUCUCUAUUCCAGCUGAUUACUUAGAUCCGAGACGACGGUUACGCAUGGGCUCCUAAAGCUGUUCCUUCUUAAAACGUCCCUGAUGCUGUGGCAGACCUAUUCCGACUAAAUUAUUAUUUGUGAAUUUUAGUGUGUUUUUGUUUUUGUUUUGUUUUUUCUUUCUCUAUUUUUUUUAAAAGAAGCCAAUGUUAAGCAUAGACUAUUUUACCUUAAGAGCAAUAGUUAUAUUAAGUAGAUCUUAUUUGCUUUUAUUUUUUUAUUUUUUUAUUUUUUUCGUUUCUCGUGUCUUUAGAUCGUGUACGAUGUUAUAUAUUUGGGGGGGGGGACGAAACAAAAAAAAAAAAACAAGGUGAAAUAAAGCUGAAUUAUAAGGAAUGCCUGAAAUACAAAUUCUAAAUAUAGCACUUGAGAUAACAGGAGAAAGGAGAAUGAAGGUCAAAUAAAACCACACGUUCAGCUUCAAGUCUUCAUCGGUAGAACAUUCAUGGUCUAUUUAACAUAGUCUUGUGCCUUGAAGUUUCAGUAAUAGAACUUUAUACGGUAGUUGUAUUUUUAUUCUGAGUCCUGUGUUUGCCUCUUGUUGGUAUUCAGUGCUUUGGCUGUGUUGGGGAUUUCUAGAGACUGAUGAUAUGUUUGUCUUGUUUUAUUUUCGUACAGGAAAAACCACAUUUGGAAUAAAUUAGGACAAAUUUACCUGGGCAAUAUUGACUGUGUAGAAGGUAAUAGGAUACCGUUAUUAUUAUUAUUAUUAUUAUUAUUAUUAUUAUUAUUAUUAUUAUUAUUUUUCAUCCCUGCUAUGUUGAAUGUGUCUCGUGUUGGAUGAAGUGUAUUUGUCUGGAAAUGUUCUCCAUUUUAACAUUUUAACGUGAAGUUAUUUGUCAUGAGAUUUUUAUAUAUAUAUAUAUAUCAUGAGAUUAUAUAUAUCAUGAGAUUAUAUAUAUAUAUAUAAACGCCUGCCUCAAACGGUAUCUUCCAAGCACCAUUUAGCAUUUUCUGAAAGGAAAAGUUUAACAUUAUGUUCAUUACGACUUGCGUCUCGAUGAAUUAAAGACCUGCACUUUAUAAAGUAUGUUUCCUGGCAGGAUGCCCAUUAACAUUUUUUUUUUUUAAUUUUAAUUUUUAUUUUAUUGUAUGUAUUUUCUACCGUUGUCCGAAGUUGCUGUUUUAUUUUCCUAUGUUCUGAUUUAGUUUGAAAUAAAAGGGAUGGGUAGUACUAUGUAUCUAAAAGGUAUAUUAUUUUAACCAAACAGUCCUACAGUCUAGGUGUCAGUGGUUCCUCACCAUUUGCCAAGCUAAGUCCUUGCCUUCCUAAAAGUGAAAAAAAAAGUAUAGUUUGUGUCUACUUUUAUAGUACUGUGUUACUGUAUUAUUUGUUUGCCGUAUGUAACAGAUACACAACAGUAAACAACAUUUACCUUC